CAUUCUAACGCCACCAAUGACCUACCGUUUAGCGUGGCGGAUUCUGGCCGACAUGCGGUAUCGUGGCGCCACGAGUCCGUUGGUUGUCCCCACCAUGGUGGAUUGAUGCCAGUCCGCGGUUUCCCAUAGGCAUAAUAGAGGUAAGCUAAGAAGCAAUUAACCCAUUGGCCUGGACAGCAGUCCGAUGUGUACAGCGUUCUGCACUGGGCCGGGGUAAUCUGGGUAAAUUGGGAGCCAUCAUGGCACCCCUUGGAAUCAGACCAGACGGCCUUGUCCUUGAUCCAUGAAGCCGCGUGCUGUCUCCCUAAUGAGUCCUCAUCACACAAUUUAGACCCCAGUUUACUCCCCUCGUUAGACUCACCAUGCAGCAGCAGUCACAACCCUCUCAAGGACACCAUGCUAUCGUGUUCGGCUGUUCAGGCAUCAACGGAUGGGCCCUAGUCAACCAGCUACUUACCAACUACCCAGCCUCAGGUACUUUCAGCAGGGUAACAGCGGUUGCGAACCGUGCAUUCAUAGCCGGGGACGCCCAGUGGCCAACAGAUGAUCGUCUCCAGAUUGUCUCCGGCGUGGACCUCCUGGCAGGCGAUGAUGCAGCGCUGAAGAAGACCCUGGCGGAGAAGAUCUCAUCUGUUGAUACGAUCAGCCACGUGUACUAUGCAGCAUAUCGUGCCAGCGAUGUCCCCGCCGAAGAAUGUCGACUGAAUAAGGAGAUGCUUCGAGCUGCUGUACAGACGUUGGAGACUCUCUCUCCAAAAUUGUCUUUUGUUACUCUUAUUACUGGAACAAAGGCAUACGGCGUCUACCUCCUCGACAAAUUCCCCUUCCGAAACCAAAUCCCCCUAAAAGAAGACCUCCCCCGCGUGCCAGCCGAAUACGCCAAAGACCUCUUCUACUAUCACGAAGUCGACCUUUUGCAGGAACUCUGCAUCGGGAAGACCUGGUCAUGGUGUGAAGUCCGUCCGGACGUGAUAGUCGGCCUCGCCCCCUUCGGCAAUGCAAACUGCAUGGCUCAAACAAUGGGCAUCUACCUCUCCCUCUAUCGCGCCCUUGAAGGCCCCAACGCCCGCGUUCCCUUCCCCGGCAACAGCACAACCUGGACGCUCCAAUCUACCGACUCCAAUCAAGACAUAAUCGCGCGAUUCUGCAUCCAUGCGUCCCUCCAACCGCGCGAAAAGGUCCAUACCCGAGCAUUCAAUAUCGCGGACAGCGCACGCCCCGUCGCAUGGUCCGAGCGAUGGCCAAUCCUGGCGUCGUAUUUCGGGUUGGAAGGUGUGGGGCCUGAGGAGGGUUCCUUGCACCCGACGGAGUACAUGGAUCGGAACUGGGAGAAACUGAGACAAUUGUGUAGUGAGAGGGAAGGGGUGAAAGAGGAGGUGAUUUAUCGUAGUAUGCAUAAUACGGGUGCCAGAAUGGGAAGUCUGAGAUUGAUGGAUUUCGAUCGCCCGUUUGAUUUAGGGAGGGCGAGGGAGAUUGGAUUUGAUGAGGAGAUGGAUACGAGGACGUCGUGGUUUGGGGCGUUUGAGAGGGUGAAAGGGAUGGGGAUUAUGUUGUAGAUUAGACGAUAUCCUUUCCAUUCUGGUCUGGUAGAGGUACUAGUUACCGGCAUUAUAUUAAUGUAAAGGGACUAUAGGUAAUGAUAAUUAUGAUGGUGGCAUCAUUG